CCAGCGACACAUUAAAGGCAUUUGCGAGCUUUCACUGAGUAUGACGCCCUACUUUGAAAGGAUGUAAGGAAUCCUCAUACUAAUUGCUGUGUCAAAGCGAUCCUUCGUCUGAACAAGCCAAAACACAUACCGCGGAAAAGGCCCAACAAUUAAAGAUUUGACGUUAUCGCUUGUAACAGAAAAAAGUGUGGUCUUGUUGGAUUCUUGCUUUUUUGUGUAGUCUAGGUCAACCGACUUUUAAUUUCCAAAAUACUAGCCGUAUUUGAACAAAUACGCAGAGAGAAAGACAAUUUUUAUAGAACCUAUGUUUCCGAGAAAAGCGUUUACUUCGUGGUCAAGCCCUGGGGCCGAUCGUGCAAAAUUGCAUGAUGACUUUGACCUUUUCGGAAAUGCUCGGUGUAGCAUGUAAACAUUCUAAGCCAAUCACAUGGCGAGUUUUAGCUCCGAACUAUCAAACGUGCCCUCGGGAGCCCGAUCCGAAAAUUAUUCGCGUACGAUUUCAGUCUGCGAUAAUGGCGUCCGAUGCGAAACGCUAGAGAUACGGCGUAGCUAAGGCUUUAGAGGUGAUUUUUGACGAUGGAAGUGAGCAUGGUGGUAUCUCUAGUGGUGAAAAUCCUAGCGAAGAAUCGAGGCUCCAGUUUCAAAUGCUACAAAUGCAUGCGUGAAUCAAAUAAUGACACAGAAUAUACCACGGAACAGUGCUUGAAAGAUCAGACAAUUAUGGACUGCAUCAACAGAGAUGUGGCAGAUCCCACCGAGUACGCAUGCGUUAGGAUGCACAGCGUGAGUGAUGAUGGUGAAGAGUAUGAGAUGAGAGCUUGCUAUGUCAAAAGCAUUUGUGAGGAGCAAAAGAAAAAAUGCGAGGAUAAAGCCAACUUAAAGGCGUUGGGAGUAAAAGAGUGCACCAUCACUUGCUGUGUCAGUGAUAGUGACACACCCUGUAACGGUGGCUUCUCCGUCUUCAUUAACUCUACUACAAUGAUGAUGAUGAUGAUGUUGGCUGUUUUGUGUACUUUGAAGCUGUUUUAGCCAUACACUCGCCAUAGAGGUCAACUUUGAGUGCUUUAUUGGCCAAUCAAAUGUCUGAAUAAUUGCUUUUGAUUUUGAAGUCAAAGUAAAAUAAACUGAUUCAUGUGUUUAGCUAGAUAGUUUUGUUAAAUGUUAUCAUUUGUUACAUGAUAUUUUCUUGAGAAUGAAUUUAUUGCAGAAGAGAAAUCCAUUGCUACCUAGACUGAUUAUGACUGUUUCGUUGAUUGAUAUUUAAUCCGUUUAUUAACAUUUGCUUGUUUGAUUAGCCGCGUGAUUAACAAUCGAUGGCGUAAAAGUUAAGUAACUUGAUCAUUCUGUUAGGACACGUUUUAAGUAAUGCGAAAUCAGAGACAAAGGUUAUAAGCGUUUUGUACCUUACGGACGUUACGUUGAACGUCGCUAACCUGUAGAGUAUUAUUGUUCGAUCUGCUGACCCGUUUUGCUGACCUGUUAUUGAAUUACGUUUGAUUAGAUAUCGCCACAGAAGUAAGUAAUUUGUUUUGUAACCGAUUGAAUUGAGAAUUGUUAGUUCCCGUGCAAUUUCAUGAAUCGCUCGCAUUAGAUUAGGUUUCUCAACAAUUUUGUAUCUUUCUUAUAGAUCGAAUAAAACAAUAUAAAGAUUAUACGA